AUGUAUCAUUUUGCUUACAAUCCUCUAGCUGACUUCAAAAAAGUAUUGAUCGAUCGUCUUCCGCAAAAUAACGUUCUCAACCAUUGGGCUUUCCGAGAAGAUUUAAUGGGUGCACCAUUGCGCAAAGGGGUCGUCUUCAAGCAAAUCGAACUCAAUCUCGACAAUCUUUUACUGACACUUUUGUUCGUCACUUCUACCAUCGGGUACUCAAGUUAUGCCAUAAGAUCAUUCUUCUGUACACAAAAAGAAGAGCCAAAACAAAUAGUUCUACCGAAAAAGACGCCAAAAGAAGUUCCAACUAAAGAACCAUCUGCUCAUGGUGAUACAUGA